AUGGACAGCGCGGCCGGCGCCGCCUUCGCCCCGGACAAGCCGGCGCUGGGCCCGGGGCCGCCGCCGCCGCCGCCCGCGCUGGGGCCCGGCGACUGCGCCCAGGCGCGCAAGAACUUCACGGUCAGCCACCUCCUGGACCUGGAGGAGGUGGCGGCGGCCGGGCGGCUGGCGGCGCGCCCCGCGGCCAGGGCGGAGGCGCGCGAGGGCGCGGCGCGCGAGCCGUCCGGGGGCAGCAGCGGCAGCGAGGCGGCGCCGCAGGACGGUGAGUGCGCGGGGCCGGCCCGGGGGUCCGGGCGGGGCUGCCGAGGGCCGUGGGAACUGAAAUACGGGGCUGCGGGGGCCGCAGGGGUGCGAGGCCGGAGGUUCGUGGGUCCGAAGGGGCGAGCACGGGGCGGGCGACGGAUGCGGGGCGCUGGCUCCGCCGCACCCCGGCCCGGGAAGGAGGCGCCGCGUUAG